AUGGCGACAACAACUAGCGACGCCAAGCCGACGCCUGUGCUGAUACCCCCUCCGGGCACAACGUCUAACUUUGACCACCCAGCAACGUCGAAGGGACCAAUGACUAUCGCCAUUAGCGUCGUUAUACCGCUAACCACUAUAUGUUUCCUCCUACGCACAUAUGUCAGGAUCUGGAUUAGGCGACAAUGGAUCUGUGAAGAUUGGCUCGUUCUGACUGCUUGGGUUGGGACAAUCACUUAUUGUGGCACUGGAGCAGCCACGAUGGCGCACCACGGCGGAGAGCACAAGUGGGACUUGACCCAUGCCCAGGUCAAAGAGGCAUAUUACUGGUUAUAUGUAGCCAGGAUCCACUACGGCGUUGCCAUCUGCAUGGCCAAGCUCGCGAUCCUUUGCCUAUACCGGCGCAUAUUCUCGGGGCACCCACGAAGCCCCUUCAACGUCGCCGUCGUUAUGCUCAGCGUCGUCCUCGUGCUCUACUACGUCGCCACAGUCAUUACCAAGAUAUGGGAGUGUAUCCCACGGGCCCGGGCUUGGGACCAACUCAUCCCUGGCCACUGUGUUAAUGUGCUGAUGCUGGUUAACGUUGACGGCAUCUUUAACGCACUAACCGAUUUCAUUAUGGUUAUAAUGCCACUCCAGGUGGUCUGGAACCUCAACAUGAAGGUUGUGAAAAAGGUUUAUGUUGUGUUGGCUUUCACGUUUGGCAUGUGCGCCCCUGCGUUCAGCCUGGUGGGUUGUGUUGUGCGACUGCGAGGCCACGAGAACCCAGACAAGACCUGGGUCCAGCCUCAGGUAAUAAUGUGGGCGUAA